AUUGACCAAACAGCUCAAACUCAUCAGUCUGCGAUUCACACUUAUCAUACGUGGAUAAGCCAGGAACAGCAAAUUUGGGAGUCAUCUUGGAAGCUCACUGAGAUGACGAGGUGACAUCUAAGUCAUUGUCAUGGCAUCUCGGCUUAGGAUGCUUCCGAGGGUGCAGCUCCCUCCACAGCUCAACAGCGUUUCCCACAGCUCAUACUCCCGAAGUUUUACCCUCUCAUCCCGCAAACUCCAGCCAUCAAACCGGCCUACGCGGCCGCUUCCCCCCCAACCCAUCAAUCUACGGACCCAACCGAAACCCCCAAACGCACCUACCACACCGGAAUCACCCUCAUCCUCUUCUUCAGAAGCCCAAUCCCUCGACGUCCUAAUCCAGCAACGAAAAUGGCCCUUCUUCGGCGCCUGCCUCGGCGCCCUCGCCAUCGGCACUUACAUCUCUAUGCUUCUCACCUCAACACUCAAAACUGACAAGCAGCAACAACAAGAACAAAAAGAACAAAAACAUCACCACCAACAACCCCCAGAACUCACAGCCCCCUCGGGCCCCGUGCCGAGCGAUCCCUCCCAGCAACCCCCGCCCACAGGCCUCCCCGCCAAGCUCCAGACCACCACCACGGCUCGCGCCUUCGACAAAGGCCUCGACUGGCCCGAGUGGCUGGGGGGCAUCACGCCGCUGCGGCGGGAGCUGGCGGCGCGCGCGCGGGGCCACGUGCUCGAGGUGGCCGUCGGCACGGGGCGGAACUUGGCGUACUACGACUGGAGCGAGGUGGUGUCGCUGUCGCAGGACGAGGAGGAGGCGCGCGCGCAGCGGGAGCGGGAGCGCCUGGUGCGGCUGCUGGACGCGCGGCGGCUGGGCGGGCCGACGCUGAGGGAGCAGCAGCAGCGGCGGGGCGCGGGGGAGGAGGACGUGGUGGUGGUGGGCAGCCUCGAGGGCGAGGUGCUCAGUUUCACCGGGGUGGAUGUCAACGGCGAUGUGAUGGAUGUUGCGCGGGACCGGAUCCGGGAGUCGGUGCCCGGCCUGAAGAGGAUCAUGCGGAAGCGGAGGGUGGAGGCGAUGCCGAACUUGAGUUCGCUGGGAGUGGAUAGCGUUGGGGCGGAAGGCUUGCCGGUCGUGGAGGCGCUGAAUGGGCGGGUGAGGUUGGUUUUGGGGGACGCCCUGAGGGGCUUGCCUUCUCCGCCGCCCGUCGGGCCUAAAAAGGGCCCAGUGGAGAAGCCAGCCGCAAAGUACGACACGAUUAUCCAGACUUUUGGGCUCUGCAGCGUGGCCGACCCGGCGACAUUACUGGCCAAUAUGGCGGCCAAGGUGCAGCCUGAUACCGGGCGGAUCAUCCUGCUCGAGCACGGCCGGGGCUUCUACGACUGGGUGAACAAGAAGUUGGACGCGUACGCGCCGGCGCACUUCCAGAAGUUCGGAUGCUGGUGGAACAGGGACAUCGAGCGACUCGUGUGGAAUGCAGCCCAGACCGUCCCGGGUCUUGAGGUGGUGGAGGUAAAGCGGCCGGGCCGGCUUCAAUUCGGGACCACCCUUUGGAUUGAGUUAAGGGUGAAGAGUCCGCAAACCGGCGGCGAUGGGGAGAAAGCGUAGACGGGAAAGCCGUCGGGUCAUACUUAUUGCACUAAAUCUGUACUACUAAUACAUACUUAUGUGGCGAGAUGGCUUAGGACACCUGUAUGGGACCUGUUGUAGAUAGAUACUUGUGUUAGGAGUUUCCGGCCUGCAUUCACUCAGCAAUCACCACAGUUCUUG